AUGGCGGCUUCCAACGCCUACGAUGUUGCGGAAAUACCACCGCCCAGGUCUCACAAACCGAAACGCUCUAACCGCGUUCUGGGAGACUACACACUAAGCAAAACUCUUGGAGCUGGGUCCAUGGGUCGCGUAAAGCUCGCUACUCAUAAUGUCACUGGGGAAGAGUAUGCUGUUAAAAUUUUGCCCCGCGCUCGGGUAACUGCCCAGUCAUCCUCGAAAGAGGCUGGCAAAGAGAUUCGUACUCUUCGAGAGGCAGGCCUUUCGCUCCUUCUCCACCACCCCUACAUUUGUGGAAUGCGAGAAAUGAUUGUCCACCCCAACCACUAUUACAUGGUUUUCGAAUAUGUGAAUGGUGGUCAGCUACUCGACUUUAUCAUCGCCCAUGGUCGUCUCCGGGAGAGUGUUGCUCGGCGAUUUGCUCGUCAAAUUGCCUCAGCACUGGACUACUGCCACCGAAACAAUGUCGUCCACCGCGACCUCAAGAUCGAGAAUAUCCUCAUCUCACACACGGGCAAUAUCAAAAUUAUAGAUUUUGGGUUGUCCAAUCUCUACGACCCUGCAGCACAUCUCGCGACAUUCUGCGGGAGCUUAUACUUUGCAGCACCAGAGCUGCUGAAUGCCAAGGUUUAUACGGGUCCAGAGGUGGACAUAUGGUCGUUUGGUGUUGUGCUCUAUACCCUUGUCUGUGGCAAGGUGCCGUUUGAGGAUGAGAGUAUGCCUGCGUUGCAUGCCAAAAUCAAACGUGGUUAUGUAGACUAUCCGGUCUGGCUGAGUCCAGAAUGCAAGAAUCUUCUUUCACGAAUGCUUGUUGUCACUCCCUCGCGACGCGCCCAUCUUGCCGAAAUUUCUUCCCAUCCAUGGAUGGUACGAGGCUUCGCUGGCCCUCUUCCCACCCAUCUCCCGCCUCGUACACCGCUUCGUGUGACAGACAUCGACCCCAUAGUUGUCUCACGGAUGGCCGGCUUUGAAUUUGGCGCGGAUGUCGAAGAGGUCAUCGAAAAACUCCGCGUCGUACUCGAGUCGGAAGAAUACAUGCGAGCAGUUAUAUCUUGGGAGCACCAGAAAAACGGUCAUGACGAGUCCAUUCCAAUUCCGGCCAGUGUUUCACCCUCACCGCCUGCUUCGCCGAUAGAUGCCCAUAAACGUCGACGUUUCAGUGGAUUUGACCUCUAUCGCCGUAUAUUUCCAUCUUCCCCUUCCGCCUCCAAUGCUCCAGAGUUACCUCCCACACCUCCGCCGCGGGAUCCUACCAGCGGAUUUCAUCCCUUAUUGAGCAUGUACUUUCUCGCGCGAGAGAAAGUGCACAGGGAACAACUCUAUGGACAGGACUUGUUCGCGAGCAGCCAAGUUAGCUUGUCCGGACCACCGAACAAUGCUCCCGAUGUAAAUAUGCCCCCUGGUGCCGAGGAGGUCGAGCCCGAACACGAAGUCGUUGUUGAGGUGGUUGAAAACGUGGCGAAUCGUAGCAUGGCUGGCGAAGAAGAAGCUAUUCCAAGGGUGGAGACCCCCGAGCCAUUUGUCGAACCCAAAACAAACGGUACAUCCCACUCUGUCUCCAAACCUACUAUUUUCGUGGACACCACUCCUGCAACCGCCAACAACAGCCCCCCUCCGGACUUCAUUUCUCCCACUCAAACUUCAGCUGUGUCAAGGUCGCCAGAACAAGAGAAAAUUGACAUCGUUCAGGUCCGAGAAGUUCCUGUAUCCGACCACCAAGAUCCAUCCUCGAAACCGGAAGCUCCGCCAGUUACCGAAGACGGGGUAUUGCGACCACGACAUCGACGCGAGCGAGGACAGUCCGUGUCCCAUGGUGGCUCGCUUUUACGGCGAUUUGGUAGCAUCUUUUUGGGUGCUGGUGCUGGUGCUCCGACUGCUACGGUUAAGAAGCGCAACUCGGCCAAGCGAGUUAGUGCUCUUGGACAGAGCGUCAAUCUGCCCCCGAAGGAAGAUGGAGAGAAGGAGAGUGGCACUAAAGAAGCAGAACCAGUUCCUAUUGUGGCACCUCCAGAGUCGAAGACACUAUCAGAGCCUGCUCAGCAGCAUGCCCCUCCCGAAAGUCAUGUAACCCCUGAACCCAAUACUCGUCCUCCUUCACCACCAGCGGCCACUGUUUCCCCUUCACCUCCCAGCUCUCCAAUUUCGAGUAAAGAAGGUCGUGGAUUUGGUAGUGUUCGACGCAGAGCGGCCACUCUUCUCGAUCCCGCUGCAAAGGCAGCUCGUUCAGGCCACGAGCGGAGAAGUAGCACAGGUGGUGGCGCAACAUCCUCCGUCAGGUCUCCACCUACUGGGGGGACCAUGGGUAGGCAUAGAGAUCGACGGACAUCGAUAAUGGGCUACGAGACAUCAACAUUAACCAAGGCUGACCGGAGAGGCUUCCCGAAGACCGUUUUGGAAAACGGAGAUUUACCUGAAAGACCAGAGGAACUAUCAGAUGAAGGAGCCCGCGAUGGACAUGUGGACACGGAGAAUGAGGGCUAUAUUAGCGAGAAGGAGCCUAAGCCUGUGUUCAUGAAGGGUCUCUUUAGUGUUGCUACAACCUCAACUAAACCUGCACCAGUCAUCAAAGCAGAUAUUCGCCGCGUUCUUGACCGCAUGCAAGUGCGGUAUUGGCAAAACAAGACGGGCUUUGAAUGCGUGCAUCUUCCCUCUAUCAACGGUGUUCCGCCCCAACCAGAGGCCGAGGCGCCUACAAAACACUCCUUCCCGUCUUCUGGCGACACAACUGUGGUUGCUCAUCCUCAACCUCGGACUAACGGGAUAACGAGGCGGGUGUCGCGUCUAUCGUUUAGUGUGCGGCGGGUCAAAAGCCAAGAUCGCGAUUUUCCCACUACGAAAGGUCGCGCGGCUAGGCCACUUAGUGCAAUAGUUAUGCCGCCAGCACCUAAUGAAGCCCAUCAACCGCUUGUCGUCCCAGAUGCAGUUCCUCCACAACCUGAGAUGGCCACCGUUCGCCGCCCAGCUGUCAAAAUCCCGGAAACAACGAGACCCGAGUCGGUCAAACCUGAAUCGACUGUGUCCAUCAACUCCAAGCUGCGGUCGGUUCAUACUCCGUCUGACCUCGGUGUUGGCAUUUCAGGUAGCCUUAUGAGUCCGUCGGGCGAGAUGGACCGCGAAACGUUCGAAUCCAUGGCGCAUAAUGCGUUGGGUGUCCGGUUCGAAAUUAAUGUAGUCAAAGUACCAUUGCUUCCGCUGCACGGUAUUCAAUUCCGUCGAGCAGGAGGAGAUGGCUGGCAGUAUCAGAUGCUUGCUAGACGGGUCCUGACCGAGCUCAAGUUAUAA